CAGAGCUGCACUCUGAAUCUUCUCUGAGCGUUUUCUGCUUCAGAUGUAAAGAAGAAGAAGAAGAAGCAGCAGCAGCAGAGGACAAACUACUGGAAAAAUAAUAAGAAGAAGAAGACGAGGAAGAAAUCUCCUGAAUGGCACCAGUGCAUGGCAGAAACAUGGAGAGGUCAGACUGUGAGAUGAAAGGAAAGUCCAAGAGGAAGAGGAGGAGGAGGUGCAAAGGCAAAGGUCGGAGCAACAUGUUAUCAACCCUCAUCACUCCCAUAAGACACUGGGAUACGGGAGCAUCAUCAGCUGAGGAUGGAGACAAUUCAAGUACAAGCAGUUUGGAGGUGAAAGAGAAUCAGGAUGAUAAAAGCCAGAUGGACUGUGACCUGCUACGAAAGUAUCAUCCGUCAACGUUCUGCACAACUUUCCCCGUGCACGGCCCACAAGCUCUGAAGCGGAAGCAGCCACUGAUGGAUGGAAAAGAGCGGCUGCUCUACCAAAACCAUUUGACUUGUAAGAGAGCAGCCUGGGCUGUCACUCCAAAGAACGCGCUCGUGCAGUUGAACGAGUUACGACCCGGUUUGCGGUACGAGAUUGUGUCAAAGACUGGUCCGCUGCAUGCUCCAGUGUUUUCUGUAGGCGUGGAGGUGAAUGGUUUCCACUUUGAGGGCCGAGGACCAACAAAAAAGCAGGCUAAGAUGAGGGCUGCAGAACUGGCGCUCCGGUCAUUCAUCCAGUUCCCAAACGCCUCCCAGGCUCACGCCACGAUGGGGAACUUCACCCGGACUGCUACAGAUUUCACAGCGGAUAAACUGGACAUCCCUGACGGAUUCCUUAAAGAGUUUGAGCCAUCGCUGCGUGAAAACUGCGAUCUACUGCACUGCAACACCUCAAAAAACGAGGUUUUCUCCAGCAUUUACAACCACAGACGACUCGUCCGGCUCACGCUGGACUUGGUCUCCUCAACAAACCCAAAAAGACGAGCUCUCAGCACCUCACUUUUAGAGCACCUCAGCCCGGUGGUGCUGCUCAGUGAGCUGCGACCAGGCCUCAGGUAUAUGUGCCUGACGGAAAGAGUUCACGGCAGGCCAAUGAGGAGUUUUGUUAUGGUGGUUAGGGUGGAGGGGAGGGUGUUUGAAGGGUGUGGUCACAGUAAAAGACUUGCAAAGGCCCAGGCAGCAGCAGCUGCCCUGCAGUCCAUCUACAACAUCAAUCUGGGACCGGAGAAGAAGGUGUUGGGCCUCCAGGGCUGCAGAACCAAAAAUCAGCUACCUCAGUUCUUCGCAGAGUCCAUUUUCCACCUGGUGAGAGAGAAAUACACGGAGCUGACGGACAGUUGUUUCUCUACCUCGCACUCCCGUCACAAAGUCCUGGCGGGGAUUGUAAUGACCCGAGGGUUUGACCUCAGAUCAGCCCAGGUUGUGUCUCUGGCCACGGGGACUAAGUGUCUGGACUCGGACAACGUUAGUGAUCACGGCGGUACGCUCACCGACUGCCACGCUGAAGUCGUCAGCCGGAGGGCGCUGGUUCGAUUCCUGUAUGCUCAGCUGGAGCUGCUGCUCUGUGAGUCAGCAGACUGUGAGGAACAAUCCAUCUUCAUACCAAAUAAAGGCGGUGGCGGCAGCAGUGGUGGUGGUGGUGGCAUCUUCCGACUGCAGGAUGGCGUCCUCUUUCACAUGUAUGUCAGCUCGUCGCCGUGUGGAGACGCUCGACUCAACUGCCCGUACGAGACCACAGCCGCAUAUCCCAGCAGGAGGUUCCACUGUCACCUCAGGGUGAAGGUGGACGGAGGCGAGGGGACAUUGCCUAUCACAGCGCGAAGAGCCAAUCAGAAAUGGGAUGGUGUGGCGCCGGGUAAACUUCUCGUCACCAAGUCUUGCACUGACAAGAUGGCAAAGUGGAGUGUUGUGGGCCUUCAGGGUGCACUCCUGUCUCACCUGGUGGAGCCAGUUUACCUGCACAGUCUGACAGUGGGGACGCUCAGCCACACGGGUCACCUGGGCCGGGCCAUGGCACGCCGCCUCGCGCCCGUCAAGCAUCUGCCAUUCCCAUACCGACGACAGCAGCUGCUGCUCAGCUGUCUGAGCGGCAGCGAUGUUCGGCCGGCAGGGAAGGCGCCGAACGUCAGCGUGAACUGGAGCUGUGGUGACGGAGGCCUGGAGGAGAUCAGCACCUCCACAGGAAGGAGGCAGGACUCAAGGACACCGUCACGGCUCUGCAGGCGGUCCAUGUUCAGCCGCUGGCAGAGGCUGCAGCAGCAGUUGAACGGUGCAGAACCCACUUCAGGGACGUAUUCUGGUUCCAAGAUAGCUGCCGGACGCUACCAAAGGGCGAUGCAGCAGUUUACCGGCGCUCUGCAGGGUGGAGGACUGGGAACGUGGCUCAGAAAACCUCCAGAACUGGGACACUUCAACGUCAGUGUGUAAACGGCUGAAUAUGGUGGAUUAUAGUAUGUUUUUCUUUGUGAGCACAUUGUGGAUGGAAGAGGUCUGGGUCUUUCACCAUUUAUCUGGGACAGACAAGUAAAUAUCUAUUAUGCAAACAAGCACACCGUGUACAGAAAAGUAAAUCAAAUUUAAGCAAAAGCUGGAGUAGACUUCUUAGUGUUUAAUGUUCGCUUAAGUAGUCUAUACGCUGCUAAACUCAGCUCUGUAAGCAAUACACAGUGUUUGAGUAAAAAUUUUACUUGUUAAAGCUAAUUGUUAACCUAGAAAGUAUCAACUGCACAGUUAGAGCUGUGUAAAUGCGUGUCAAGCACUAAUAAUGCAGUAACGCUAUAGCUACGAUCUUCAAUGUCUACGAAAAUCCAAAUUAGAUCCAAAACACAAUACAUACAAAUGCACAGUUUCUGGUUUUAUACAUUGAUGAAUGCCUCCAAAUAUGUAAGUUAAUCAAGGAUUCAUUUCAAAUUAUCGGCUGUGACUACACUGGGCUAACAUGCUUGGAACCUAUUUAGUCUCUGGGGGCAACCGCCAAUAUUUUCUGGCGUAACCAUCGGCGAUGUCAGACAGAUAGCUGACAGGUUUUGAGAUUGUAUUUCAGCCAAUGCAUUCUGCCUCUUUCCCUUUCUACCUGGACUGUUAACCUUCAUGCAACCAAAUCCUGCUCAAAUGUGAUCGGUCAGUACUACUUGGA